GUUCGUGCUGCGUUUGGGUUCUGUUGAUGGUUCUUACAACUGUUUGUAAACAACAACAAUAUCUAAAUAAUAUUGCCGUAAAUUGAGGCCAACGCGUUUGCGAAGUUUUUGCAGGCAAAACAAUGCAAGAUAUUGAAAACCGGAGUGAGCUGGAAGAUGAGCCAUUUGAUGACGAAAAAUCGAUGCGCACAGAUGAAAAUCGCAAGCAAAAUCACAGUGAAAUUGAGAAAAGGCGUCGCGAUAAGAUGAACACCUACAUCAACGAACUGUCCUCCAUGAUCCCAAUGUGCUAUGCGAUGCAGCGCAAGCUGGACAAACUGACAGUCUUACGUAUGGCUGUGCAGCAUUUGCGGGGUAUACGCGGCGGCCUACAUCCCUAUAACGGGGCUAGUUAUAGGCCAAGUUUUCUGUCCGAGCAGGAGCUUAAGAUGAUCAUACUGCAAGCCUCGGAGGGAUUUCUAUUCGUUGUCGGUUGUGAUCGCGGACGCAUUCUCUAUGUGUCGGAGUCUGUAACGAGCGUCUUGAAUUGCACUCCGGGCGAUCUGCUGGGCCAGAGCUGGUUCGAUGUGCUGCAUCCCAAGGACAUAAGCAAGGUCAAGGAGCAGCUGUCCUCACUGGAGCAGUGUCCCAGGGAGCGACUUAUCGAUGCCAAAACCAUGUUGCCCGUGAAGACGGAUGUGCCGCAGAGCUUGUGCCGCCUUUGUCCGGGCGGGCGUCGUUCCUUUUUCUGUCGCAUGAAACUGCGUGCCGCAAACGAUCAAAUUAAGGAGGAGUCGGACACAUCUUCGAGUUCACGCAGCUCCUCAAAACGCAAAUCGAAACUGAGCAUGGACCACAAAUAUCAGGUAAUACAGUGCACUGGCUAUCUGAAAUCGUGGAUGCCGAUCAAGGACGAGGAGCAGGAUGGCGACAGUGAUGAUCAAACAACGAAUCUCGCCUGCCUCGUGGCCAUCGGACGCAUCCCAACCAACGUGCUCAAGACAACUAUGCCAACCUCGUUGGAGCACAAUCCGAAUAUCCGGCAUGUGCUCUUCAUAUCGCGCCACUCUGCGGAGGGCAAAUUCCUAUUUAUUGAUCAACGUGCCACGCUGGUGAUUGGCUAUCUGCCCCAAGAAAUACUGGGCACCAGCUUUUACGAGUAUUUCCACAACGAGGACAUUUCCGCUCUGGUCGAAUCCCAUAAAAUGGUUAUGCAACUGCACGAGAAUGUCACCACGCAGGUUUAUCGCUUUCGCUGCAAGGACAAUGGCUACGUGCAGCUCCAGAGCGAAUGGCGCGCCUUCAAGAAUCCCUGGACAAAUGACAUUGACUACAUUAUUGCCAAGAACUCCGUAUUCCUCUAGAAAAUAGUCAGGCAAAGAAAACCUUUUCAAAUGAAAUCGAUUCCAAUAUACCCUUCGUUCUGAAGAGCUUCUUAAUUUAAUUCCGGCUUCAGGUUUUAAACAAUAAAUAUGACG